AUGUCCCGCCCAAUGCCACGGCUCGUCUUGAUCCGUCACGGACAGACAGAAUGGUCCAUCAAUGGGUCAACGGGUCGCAGCGACAUCCCGCUCACUUCGCAGGGCGAGAAGGAAGCCGCAGAACAGGCCCAGAUUCUCGUCGGCGAAGGCAAGAUCAUUGAUCCAAAGAACAUCUGCACAGUCUUCGUCUCUCCUCGCAUUCGCGCCCACAGGACCUUCCAUCUCCUUUUCGAUCACCUCCCAGAACUCCCCCAUCAUGUCAUCAACGAGGAGGUCAGGGAGUGGGACUACGGCGAAUAUGAAGGCCUCCUCUCCUCCGAGAUCAAGAAGCUCAACCCGACCUGGGUCAUAUGGAAGGACGGCUGCCCUGGUGGAGAGAGCACUGAAGACAUGUGCGCUCGGGUGGACAAUGUCAUAGCGAAGGUCCGCGAACAUCAUCGCGCAUGGAAGGAGGAAGGUAAAGGAAGUCGCGACGUGGUCAUUGUCGCCCACGGCCAUUUCAACCGGGUUCUCAUCUCUCGUUGGAUCAACUUCCCGCUUUCGUUGGGCACCCAUUUCAACGUAGAGCCGGCUGGUGUCGCGAUCCUUGGAUAUAACCACAACAAUCUGGCGGAGCCGGCGCUCAACGCGCUCAACUUGUACGCGCGACAGGCGUAG